AUGGCCAAGGUUCUCCUCCUCAUCGGGUUGUCACUGGUUCUGGGCUCUCAGCUGGUCUCUGCCUAUGAGCUGACAUGUUACUUCAGCAACUCUGCCCAGUACAGAAAUGGACUCGGAAAAUUUAAGCCUGAUAACAUUGACCCAUGCCUGUGUACUCACCUGAUCUAUGCCUUUGCCGGAAUGUCUAACAACCAAAUCUCCACCUUAGAAUGGAAUGAUGUCCAUCAAUACAAAGCUCUGCAGGACCUAAAAAAACAGAAUAGCAACUUAAAAACACUAAUAUCCAUUGGAGGAUGGAACUUUGGCACCAAGCCCUUUACUGUCAUGGUCUCAUCACUCAAGAACCGUCAAACAUUUAUAACAUCAGUGAUUAAAUUCUUGCGGCAGUAUGACUUUGAUGGGCUUGAUAUUGACUGGGAGUAUCCUGGUGCCAGAGGAAACCCCCCAAGGGACAGGCAUCUGUUUACCAUCUUAGUGCAGGAAAUUAAAGCAGCUUUUGAAACCGAAGCUUUAAUAACUAAAAGACCAAGACUCAUGGUGACUGCUGCAGUGGCUUCAAGCAUCUCCAAAAUCCAGUCAAGUUAUGAGAUUCCUCAACUUGCUAAUGCUUUGGAUUACAUCCAUGUUAUGACCUAUGACCUGCAUGGUUCUUGGGAAGGAUACACUGGAGAGAAUAGCCCUCUGUUUGCCAGGCCUGGAGAAACAAGAUACAGCUCCUACCUUAAUGUUUAUUAUGCCAUGAACUACUGGAGGAAUCAUGGUGCACCAGCUUCAAAACUUCUUAUUGGUUUCCCAACCUAUGGACGUACCUUUCAUCUAAAAAACCUAUCUGAUACUGGUCUUGGUGCCCCAACAUCAGGGCCAGGACCAGCUGGACCUUAUACCGGGCAACCUGGUUUAUGGGCUUAUUAUGAGAUUUGCACUUUUCUGAAAAAUGGAGCCACUAGUGAAUGGUCAUUUGCGGAGGAUGUCCCUUAUGCCUACCAGGGCAGUGAUUGGGUGGGAUAUGACAAUGCCAACAGCUUCCAAAUUAAGGCUGAAUGGCUGAUGCAGAAUGACUUUGGAGGUGUUAUGGUUUGGUCAUUAGAUAUGGAUGAUUUUACUGGUACAUUCUGUAACCAGGGCAAAUUCCCUCUGAUCUCUACAUUGAAGAGAACACUUGGCAUUCAGUCCAUUGAUUGCACUUCUUCACAUCCACACACAUCUAGUAAUCCAAAGAGCAUUGACUCUCCGAAAAGCAGUGACCAUCAAAAGACCAUUGAUUCAAAGGACCAUAUAAAGAGCAAUGAACACCCAAAGAACAGUAAUUCUGAUAGCAACCCAAAGAGCAGUGAAUCUACGAGCCAUCCAAAACACAGUGACUCUAAAAGCAGUCAUUCUAACAGUAUUUCUGGAUUCUGUGUGGGCAAAGCAAGUGGCUUGUACCCUGUGAUAGGGAACACAGAUGCCUUUUGGAACUGUUGGAAAGGACUCACCUAUCAGGAAGAUUGUCCUCUUGGUCUGAUUUUCAGCCAGAGCUGCCAGUGCUGCAUUCGUUCUGCUCCUACAACAAAGAGCAGCAGCAGUUCAGGUGGUAAUGCGUUUUGUGUCGGCAAAGCAAGUGGUCUGUACCCAGUGCCUGGAAACAAAAAUGCCUUCUGGAACUGUUGGAAAGGGCUCACCUAUGAGCAAGAUUGCCCCAUUGACCUAAUAUUUGAUCAGAACUGUCAGUGUUGUACCUUGCCACCUCCUUCUAAUGUUCCUGUCACAGUAGCUCCAUCUAAAAUUCACAGCCACAGCGACUCCAAAAAUCAUCCUAAGAACACUGACUCUAAAGAUCACCCAAAGAUCACUCACUCAGAUGAGCACCCCAAGUCUAGUGAUUCAGAUACACACCCUAAGAGUAAAACUUCUGAAGCUAAAGGUGACUCAAAAAAUACUAGCUCUGACAAUCACAAGAGUAGUGUUUCUGAUAGUCAUCAUAAAAGUAGUGACUCUAAGGACCACCCAAAGAGUACGGUUUCUGACAAUCACCCCAAAAGCAGCGACUCUAAAGAACAACCCAAGAGCAGUGAAUCUAAGGACCAUCCUAAGAUCAGUAUCUCUGACAAUCACCCCAAAAACAGUGAGUCUAAGGACCACACCAAGAGUAUUGUCUCUGACAAUCACCCCAAAAGCAGUGACUCUAAGGAACAACCCAAGAGCAGUGAAUCUAAGGACCACCCUAAGAUCAGUGUCUCUGACAAUCACCCCAAAAGCAGUGCCUCUAAGGACCACCCCAAGACUACUGUCUCUGACAAUCACCCCAAAAGCAGUGAGUCUAAGGAUCACACCAAGAGUACUGUCUCUGACAAUCACUCCAAAAGCAGUGACUCUAAGGAACAACCCAGGAGCAGUGAAUCUAAGGACCACCCUAAGAUCAGUGUCUCUGACAAUCACCCCAAAAGCAGUGAGUCUAAGGACCACUCCAAGACUACUGUCUCUGACAAUCACUCCAAAAGCAGUGACUCUAAAGAACAACCCAAGAGCAGUGAAUCUAAGGACCACCCAAAGAAUACUGUCUCUGACAAUCAUCCCAAAAGCAGUGACUCUAAAGAACAACCCAAGAGCAGUGAAUCUAAGGACCACCCAAAGAAUACUAUCUCUGAUAAUCACCCCAAAAGCACUGACUCUAAGGAACAACCCAAGAGCAGUGAAUCUAAGGAACACCCUAAGAUCGGUGUCUCUGACAAUCACCCCAAAAGCAGUGAGUCUAAGGACCACUCCAAGACUACUGUCUCUGACAAUCACUCCAAAAGCAGUGCCUCUAAGGACCACCCAAAGAGUACUGGCUCUGACAAUCACCCCAAAAGUAGUGACUCUAAAGAACAACCCAAGAGCAGUGAAUCUAAGGGCCACCCAAAGAGUACUGUCUCUGACAAUCACCCCAAAAGCAGUGACUCUAAAGAACAACCCAAGAGCAGUGAAUCUAAGGACCACCCUAAGAUCAGUGUCUCUGACAAUCACCCCAAAAGCAGUGAGUCUAAGGACCACUCCAAGACUAUUGUCUCUGACAAUCACUCCAAAAGCAGUGCCUCUAAGGACCACCCAAAGAGUACUGUCUCUGACAAUCACCCCAAAAGUAGUGACUCUAAAGAACAACCCAAGAGCAGUGAAUCUAAGGGCCACCCAAAGAGUACUGUCUCUGACAAUCACCCCAAAAGCAGUGACUCUAAAGAACAACCCAAGAGCAGUGAAUCUAAGGACCACCCAAAGAAUACUGUCUCUGACAAUCAUCCCAAAAGCAGUGACUCUAAAGAACAACCCAAGAGCAGCGAAUCUAAGGACCACCCAAAGAAUACUGUCUCUGACAAUCACCCCAAAAGCACUGACUCUAAGGAACAACCCAAGAGCAGUGAAUCUAAGGACCACCCUAAGAUCAGUGUCUCUGACAAUCACCCCAAAAGCAGUGAGUCUAAGGACCACUCCAAGACUACUGUCUCUGACAAUCACUCCAAAAGCAGUGACUCUAAGGACCACCCAAAAAAUACUGUCUCUGACAAUCACCCCAAAAGCAGUGACUCUAAAGAACAACCCAAGAGCAGUGAAUCUAAGGACCACCCAAAGAAUACUGACUCUGACAAUCAUCCCAAAAGCAGUGACUCUAAAGAACAACCCAAGAGCAGUGAAUCUAAGGACCACCCAAAGAAUACUGUCUCUGACAAUCACCCCAAAAGCAGUGACUCUAAGGACCAACCCCAGAGUAUUAACUCUGACAAUCACCCCAAAAGCAGUGACUCUAAGGAUCACCCCAAGACUACAGUCUCUGACAAUCACCCCAAAAGCAGUGAGUCUACUGACCAUUCCAAAACUACUGUGUCUGACAAUCAUCCCAAAGGCAGUGACUCUAAGGAACAACCCAAGAGCAGUGAACCUAAGGACCACCCUAAGAUCAGUGUCUCUGACAAUCACCCCAAAAGCAGUGAGUCUAAGGACCACUCCAAGACUACUGUCUCUGACAAUCACUCCAAAAGCAGUGACUCUAAGGACCACCCAAAGAGUACUGGCUCUGACAAUCACCCCAAAAGCAGUGACUCUAAAGAACAACCCAAGAGCAGUGGAUCUAAUAACCACCCAAAGAGUACUGUCUCUGACAAUCACCCCAAAAGCAGUGACUCUAAAGAACAACCCAAGAGCAUUGAAUCUAAGGACCACCCAAAGAAUACUGUCUCUGACAAUCAUCCCAAAAGCAGUGACUCUAAAGAACAACCCAAGAGCAGUGAAUCUAAGGACCACCCAAAGAAUACUGUCUCUGACAAUCACCCCAAAAGCAGUGACUCUAAGGACCACCCCCAGAGUAUUAACUCUGACAAUCACCCCAAAAGCAGUGACUCUAAGGACCACUCCAAGACUACAGUCUCUGAUAAUCACCCCAAAAGCAGUGAGUCUAAUGACCAUUCCAAAACUACUGUCUCUGACAAUCAUCUCAAAGGCAGUGACUCUAAGGAACAACCCAAGAGCAUUGAACCUAAGGACCACCCUAAGAUCAGUGUCUCUGACAAUCACCCCAAAAGCAGUGAGUCUAAGGACCACUCCAAGACUACUGUCUCUGACAAUCACUCCAAAAGCAGUGAGUCUAAGGACCACUCCAAGACUACUGUCUCUGACAAUCACUCCAAAAGCAGUGACUCUAAGGACCACCCUAAGACUACUGUCUCUGACAAUCACCCCAAAAGCAGUGAGUCUAAGGACCACCCUAAGAGUACUGUGUCUGACAAUCACCCCAAAAGCAGUGACACUAAGGAACACCCAAAAAGUACUGUGUCUGACAAUCAUCCCAAAAGCAGUGACUCUAAGGAACAACCCAAGAGCAGUGAAUCUACGGACCACCCUAAGAGUACUGUGUCUGACAAUCACCCCAAAAGCAUUAACUCUAAAGACCACCCCAAGAGUAUUGUCUCUAACAAUCAUCCCAAAGGCAGUGACUCUAAGGAACAACCCAAGAGCAGUGAAUCCACAGAACAUCCAAAGAAUACUGUCUCUGACAAUCACUCCAAAAGCAGUGACUCUAAGGACCACCCCAAGACUACUGUCUCUGACAAUCACCCCAAAAGCAGUGACUCUAAGGACCACCCUAAGAGUACUGUGUCUGACAAUCACCCCAAAGGCAGUGACACUAAGGAACAACCCAAGAGCAGUGAAUCUAAGGACCACCCAAAGAAUACUGUCUCUGACAAUCAUCCCAAAGGCAGUGACUCUAAGGAACAACCCAAGAGCAGUGAAUCUAAGGACCACCCAAAGAAUACUGUCUCUGAUAAUCACCCCAAGAGCAGUGAAUCUAUGGACCACCCUAAGAGUACUGUGUCUGACAAUCACCCCAAAGGCAGUGACUCUAAGGACCACCCAAAGAGUAUCGUUUCUGACAAUCACUCCAAAAGCAGUGACUCUAAGGACCACUCCAAGAGCAGUGAAAGUAAGGACCCUACAAAGAACAGUGAUUCUGACAACCACAGAAAGAGUAGUGGCUCUAAGGAGCAGCCAAGCAGCAGUGACAAAUCAAAGAGUAGUGACACUGGAUACCAUCCUAACAACAAUAAGUCUAGCAGUCAACCAAAACACAUUGACUCUAAAAACAGUCAUUCUAAAAGUAUUUCUGGAUUUUGUGUGGGCAAAACAAGUGGCUUGUAUCCUGUAACAGGGAAGAAAAAUGCCUUUUGGAACUGUUGGAAAGGACUCACCUAUCAGCAAGAUUGUCCUGUUGGUCUGAUUUUCAGCCAGAGCUGCCAGUGCUGCAUCGUUUCUGCUCCUUCAACAAAGAGCAGCACAGCUGACAAUGGGUUUUGUGUCGGCAAGGCAAGUGGUCUUUACCCAGUGCCUGGUAACAAAAAUGCCUUCUGGAAUUGUUGGAAAGGACUCACCUAUGAGCAAGAUUGCCCCAUUGGCCUAAUAUUUGAUCAGAGCUGUCAGUGUUGUUCAUCAUCUACUUCUCACAGUACAGUUAAUACUCGCAGUGGCUCUGACAACCAUUCUAAGAGCAAAGAGUCUGGAAUUGCCCACAGUACUGACCACAAAGCUAGUAACUCUGAUAGCAGCCCUAAGAUCAGCCCAUCUGGAAGCAGCCAAAAGAGUGGGCCUGCUGGCAGCAGCCCAACUGGCAGCAACCCUAAGAGUGGAUCCUCUGACAGUAGCUCCAAGACCAAUCACCCUGAGAGCAUUCCCUCUGACAGCAUCCCCAAGAGCAGCACAAAAAAGGGCCCGUCAGGAAACAGCCCUAAGAUGAGUCAUUCUGGUAUCAGACCCAAGGCCAGUCCUUCUGGUAGCACCCAUAAGGCAAGUCACUCUGAGAGAACUCCCUCAGACACCAGUCCUAAGAGUGGUCCCUCUGAUAUCAAUCCUAAGAGUAGACCCACUGACACUAGUCCUAAGAGUAGCCCUUCUAGCACAAGUCCUAAAAGUAGCCCCUCUGGCACCAGUCCUAAAGGUAGCCCCUCUGGCACCAGUCCUAAGAGAAGCCCCUCUGAAACCAGUCCUAAAAGUAGCCCCUCUGGCACCAGUCCCAAGAGUAGCCCCUCUGGCAUCAGUCCUAAAAGAAGUCCCUCUGGCACCAGUCCUGAAAGUAGUCCCUCUGACACUAGUCCUAAGAGUAGCACCUCUGGCAGCAGUCCUAAAAGUAGCCCCUCUGACACUAGUCCUAAAAGAAGUCCCUCUGGCACCAGUCCUGAAAGUAGUCCCUCUGGCAAAAGUCCUAAGAGUAGCACCUCUGGCAGCAGUCCUAAAAGUAGCCCCUCUGACACCAGUCCUAAGAGUGGUCCCUCUAGUAGCAGUCCUAAGAUUAGUCCGUCUGGCACCAGUCCUAAAAAAACUGGUCCAAAAACUAUUACCUCUAAUUUUUGCAUUGGUAAAGCCAGUGGAUUGUAUCCUGUGGCCAGUGACAAGAAUGCUUUCUGGCACUGCUCUGAUGGAAUCACCUACAAACAAUAUUGCUCUGCUGGCCUUGUCUUUGAUGUGAGCUGUGAAUGCUGUAAGUAG